AUGUACAGCCGCGAGGACAACAUUGAAAAUGCCGAAAGUGGGACUUUCGCAUGGAUGGUCGACGAAGGAUAUCAAUCGGCAGAUGAUCAGAGCGGCUCUUCUAUCGAGUCUGAAGAAAAGCAUGAUGGGAAGACGGUAACGAGGGAGAAUCAUGAGCAAGAGCAGGAGAAGCAGGAAGCCCUGUAA